AAAAAAUAAACAUUUGGACACGUGUUUAGGAUCAUUUGUAAUGUUUCAAAAAAGUGCAAUAAUAUUAUUAUUAGUAGUAGUAGUAGUAUUGGUAAUAACAGCUUUAUUUUCAGUUGCAGAACUUCCUGACCUCCUUUAAGAAGUUGCAACAGCCAGGGGGUUUGUGAAAAGCACAUAUAUAAGGAAUGCGCAAAACUGAUUUAUCAUAUAGAAAUCCAGAGCGCAUCAUGCGCAUCCAGAGAGGUUUUUCCUCUUUCAAAAGCCUUCAUUAAAGUGCCUGCUCCUCCUCAUCAUAUGUGCAGAGUGAGAGCAUCAAACACAUGACUGUAUGUGUGUUGAUGUACAAUCGGAAUUCAGCACAUGCCGGCGUCCUCUCCGCAUCUUUGCAUAUUUUACGCGCACCAUUGUUUCCGCGCCUCCAAAGCUCCCUUUUUAAAAAAAAAAAGCAGCGCAGCACAAACAUGAUUAUGUGGAAGGUGUCAUUCACAUUCACCCUUGACAGACGAGCUGGGACACUUUGAUGUGGCUGCGUCUGUCAGAGCGGGAAUUUGCUCUGGUCCAAUAAUCUGUCUGGUGAGGAAGUGAGCGUCGUCUCAGCUCCUGCGCGUUCACGGGGAGCCUAUAAACAGACGUGGCGCGCAGAGCUGUGCGUAGUCGUGGAGAGAGGAGAGAGGAGAGGAGGAUAAUCGUGGCAGAGGACAGCAUCUACAGCGCAGUGGGAGAUAAGCAGACACAGAUACAGCAGGGGGAUGCUCAGAAUCCCAUCAUCACAACUUUUAACUCUCUUUGAUAACACAUAGGUGUCCAACUUUUGAUGUCCAGGUGUGAUAUGUGAGCAAGAGAGAGUCCAAGCCAUGCAGCUGAAUGAGACUGGAGUUCACUGCUCACUGGCUCCAGAGCCAUGUGAGCAGCAGAUACUACAGGAGGACAGCACCGGGAACUGUAGCGGAGGCUCCACCGGCAACCUGUCGCUGCACUGCUGGCUGCAGCUCCUCACCAGGGAAUCGAUCAUGGAAUUUCAAGGAGACAGCUCCAGCUUAGUGGUGCGUGUGAUGAUAGCUUGUGUCUACUCCAUAGUGUGUGCGCUUGGGCUGGUGGGAAACUCUCUGGCUCUGUAUCUGCUGCACUCACGAUACAGGCAGAAGCAAUCAUCCAUCAACUGCUUUGUGAUGGGACUGGCUAUCACAGACCUGCAGUUUGUUCUGACGUUGCCCUUCUGGGCGGUGGACACGGCCCUGGACUUCCGCUGGCCGUUUGGCCGUGUGAUGUGCAAAAUCAUCAGCUCGGUCACCACCAUGAACAUGUACGCCAGUGUGUACUUCCUCACAGCGAUGAGCGUGGCGCGUUACUACUCUAUCUCCUCCGCGAUGAAGAUGCACAGCCGGCGAGCGGCAGCCACUACGGCCAAGUGGACGAGCUUGGGCAUCUGGGCUGUGUCUCUGCUGGCCACUUUGCCCCAUGCGAUCUACUCCGACAGCGUCCAGGUUUCAGAUCAAGAGCUUUGCCUGGUGCGCUUCCCAGACUCAGGCAGCUGGGAUCCACAGCUUCUUUUGGGUCUCUACCAGCUGCAAAAGGUCCUGCUGGGCUUCCUCAUUCCUCUGAUCAUAAUCACCGUCUGCUACCUGCUGCUAGUGCGCUUCAUCCUCAGCCGACGCAUCUCAGGCGCAGGGGGCCCUGAGGUCGAGCAGGGCCGACAAAAGCGUCGCUCCAAAGUGACCAAAUCCAUCGUCAUCGUGGUUCUGUCCUUCUUUCUGUGCUGGCUUCCCUAUCAGGCGCUGACACUGUGGGGAGUGCUCAUAAAGUUUGACCUUGUGCCCUUCACCAAGGCCUUCUACAAUGUGCAGGCCUACGCCUUCCCCCUGACGGUGUGCUUAGCACACACCAACAGUUGCCUCAACCCCGUGCUCUACUGCUUGAUUCGCCAAGAGUUUCGGGCAGGUCUCAAGGAGCUUCUCCUCCACGCCACGCCGUCCUUCAGGAGCCUGACCCAUGUGCUGCACCGCAAGGCCAAAGUGGCCGAGGCGCCGCCUGUUCUGGUGCUGGUCCAAAUGGAUGUCUGACUUGGAUGACGUGGCUUACUGUGACAGAGGAGCUGAAGGAGUGAAUGACUAACUCAUACAGUAAAUGAGUGAAAGCUGCCUGUAGUACUAUUGAUCUGGAGUUGUUUACCAUGAAGGUGCAUCCAUCUCAACCCUGACAACAUGUUUUUUUGAAAACAACAUCAUCAUAAUGGACUAACGUGUGGGAUGUGCCCUGCUUUCACUGCAUGCAACUGGACGCUGGGACACGAUCUGGAGCUGUGGGGUACGACACAUGCGCAGUGUCUCUGAAGCUGCGAUGUUGGAGGGUUACAGCAGACGGCGCUAGAAAUAAACAACACAGUCUCACGGCAGUUUGUGAAAUAGUCGCGAAAUGUAUUCUAUUUGAUUCGCUUUUUUUUUCAACAACAUAUUUUUUGUGCGCU